UCAUUGUGUUUACCGUUCCCACAGAAAGAUUUGUCUCUUGUGCAAUUUCACGACAGGCUAUGCGUUGUAUAUCCAUAUAAUUGGAUCAGGUGUUCCACAUGCUGAAUGUUCACAGGAAUGACUGCUGUGGGCUGGGAACCAUCACGGCCCGGGAUCCUCACUGACGGACAUACGGCCAUCUUGAAACAUUUACACCAUUUAAAUCGUCUCAUCACUGUACUGUGCUUGAAGUCUUCUGUAGAUAUCUGUCGGUUUUACACCUUCGUUCACAAGAAACUUCAUCACCACACGCUGUUCCAUGCACGCACCAACACUGUUGUCUGCCAU